UCAAAAUGACAUAAAGCAAAAUUUGAAGUGUAAAUCACCUCACACCAUCCAAAUGGAUACAUAAAAUACAAAAUUAUCAAUGAGUAAUCCACAUAAACCUUGGCUGGAUAAAGCAAAGCAAAACAAGAAAUUUUGCGGUACAAACUGUAAAGGUCCCAAUGAGAAAACUAGUGAACAAAAGUCGACAUCAAAUGUGACAGCAUUAAACAAAGAAAAGCCAUCAUGUAUUAAACCAUGGUUAGAAAAAGCGGCCGAAAAGAAGGGGCGGAGGGGUUCGAGCUUGAGUACUUCAACUCCUUCGAAAACGUCUUCUCCGUUGACGAUGUCGAUGUUAAAUGCGGGACGUCCUUUGACACCGUCGGCAAAUAGACUUAGGGUGCCCUCGACCCAGAGCAGAUUAUCCGAUCGUACGGUCCAAAACCCAAAACCGCUUGUUUAUACAAUCGCUGAAUUCAAAAAACAGGCGGAAAAUCUAAAAAGGUUCUCCAUUCCAGAGUUUAAGACGAAGCCAAAUAAAAGUUCAUGGGGAAGUUUAAACAAACAUGGAAGCAAGACGUUACCAAAAACAAAUAAAAAGAACGUUAGUAAGACGAAUGUAUCUUCAAAAUCGUUCUUGAAAGAGUCAUCACCGAUUCCGUCAAGACCAGCGUCCGCUAAUCUUUCCCCUCAGAUAAAAACAUCAACAGCUUUAAAGGCUCCGGUCCAACUUAAACCCAGUGAAACUAAACCCAGUGAACCUAAGCCUAGUGAAACUAAACCUAGUGAAACCAAACCUAGCGAAAUUAAACAUAGUGAAACUAAACAUAGCGAAUAUAAACCUAUCGAAACUAAACCCCCUGAAAUCAAACCAGAAGAGAAUUCUGUCGAAUAUAUGCUUAGCGAUCCUAAUGUGCCUGAAAAUUUUGAAAAUUUAGAACGCAGCGAGAUGACCGAAUUGGAAAAGAAUGAUGAAACCAAACCUAAGCCUAUGCAGGUUUUAACAGUAACAUCAUCAACAGAAGAAGAGAAACCCCAACCUAUCAUUGUUGAAAGUCCCAAAUUUGUCCCUUCGUGUUCACAACCACCACAACCUGUCGCUUCAUGUCCACUACAUACAAUGGAAGUACCAGUGUUAUCUGAUUCACAUUGCAUACCACCACCAGGAUAUGGGGAUACUGAAAACAAACCACCCCAACCAAGUAAAAUGGAAUUCGCUUCUAAAAAACUUAAAGACUGUUCAAUUCUAAGACAGGGGGAUCAGCAAGAUAGAAUAUAUUUUGUAGGUGUAGAUGUUGGUACAGGAAGUGUUCGAGCAGCUUUGGUAACGAAAGAUGGACAAAUAGUAAAAACGUCCGUAUGUGAUAUAAAGACAUGGAACAUUCAACCUAAUUUUUAUGAACAGUCCUCAGAUAAUAUCUGGGGUGCCGUGUGUUUAAGUGUGAAGAAUAUUGUUUCACAAAUAAACCCUAACAUGGUGAGAGGAAUAGGAUUUGAUGCUACUUGUUCUAUGGUUUGUCUAGACCAAAAUGGCCAGCCGCUAUCUGUCAGUCCUUCAGGUAAUGAUGAACAAAACGUUAUUCUUUGGUUAGAUCACAGAGCAGUGAUAGAGGCUCAAGAAAUAAAUAGUACCAAACAUUCUGUAUUGCAAUUUAUUGGGGGACAUAUAUCGCCAGAACACGAAAUUCCCAAACUAAGGUGGCUGAAAAAAAAUUUAACAAAAAAUUGCUGGGAGAGAGCAGGCUAUUUUUUUGAUUUACCGGAUUUUUUGACUUGGAGAGCAACCGACGAUGAUUCUAGGUCUGUAUGUUCCUUGGUUUGUAAAUGGACUUUCGACAUGAAAAUAGACGGUUCAAAGGUGAAGGGCACUGAAGGUUGGAACAAAUCCUUUUUCGAACAAGUAGGAUUAUUAGACUUAUCCCAAAACGAUUGGAAAAAGAUUGGUUCCAAAAUUUUGGUACCUGGCUGUUCAGCUGGCACUGGACUUUCCAUAAGGACGGCUAAAGAGUUCGGUCUUAAUCCUGGAACACCCGUUGGUACUUCAAUUAUAGACUGUUACGCUGGUGGAUUAGGAUUAAUUGGAUGUAAUGUUGAAGGAAUUGACCCAGAUUUUCAAACGAGACUCAGUUUGAUAUGUGGUACUUCAACAUGUCACAUAGCAGUUUCUGAUACUCCAGUUAUUACUCCUGGUAUGUUUGGACCGUAUAAACAUGCUAUGAUCCCCGGUAUGUGGUUAAAUGAGGGUGGACAAAGUGUCACUGGAAAGCUGGUAAAUCACAUGAUCGAGACCCACCCUGCCACACCAGAGAUAUUAAAGCAAAUUGGAAAGAGGCCCAUCCAGGAUUACUUGAAUGAGUUGAUAUGUAAGAUGUCAGAUCGUGGACAGGAUAUAGCUCUUCUAUCUUCUGAUUUUCACGUAUGGCCAGAUUUUCAUGGAAAUCGGUCACCAAUUACUGACCCAACAUUAAAAGGAAUGGUAUGUGGUCUUACUCUGGAAAAAAGUGCCAAAAAUCUUGCCUUAAUUUAUCUUGCCACAUUACAAGCCCUUUCAUAUGGUACUCGUUACAUCAUAGAACGUUUGAGACAUAGUGGACAUCACGAAUUGAAAACAAUAUUGAUAUGGGGCGGUCUUGGUAAAAAUAAACUUUUUUUAAAAUCCCUGGCAGACGCUUGUAAUAUGCCCGUAAUUAUACCACAUGAAUCAGAGUGUGUCCUUUUGGGCGCUUCUAUCCUGGGAGCAAGUGCAUCUGGCAUCUUCCCUGACCUAACGACCACCUUACAGAAUAUGGCGGGUACUGGAUCUGUGACGUUUCCCAAUUCAGAAAUUACCAAGUAUCACGAGAAAAAAUACAGGGUAUUCAUUAAAAUGUACGAAGAUCAAGUGUCCUAUAGAAAUAUAAUGAAUUGAAAAUGUUUUUUUUAAAGUACCUACCUACACACAUGAAAUGUUUUGCUACAGCCUUUGCACAUUAAAACCAUUUUUGGAUACAAAGUGAA